AAACAUGAUGACCAAAAUGAAGAAAGCUGGAAAUCCUGUAACCAAUCGUGCUGCAAUAAAGAAAUUGCUUGACUCGCUCCCCAAGGAAUGGAGCCUGCAGUGUAUGAUGAUCAAGAAGGAAUUCCUCAACAAUCCUAAUCCUGUUACUCUGACAGAUCUGAUCAACACUCUAAGGGCAUUUGAAAUGGACGUAAACAAGAGAGAGAUGAACACUGCUGGAUAUCAACCUAAAGCAACUCAACCUUCAGCAGGACUGAAGAAUGUAGCGUUUCUCGCUUCAGGGGGCAUUACUCCACAAGCUUCUGAUCUAAUUUAUGCAAAUGCUUCCGCAAGCGCAUCUAAAGCCCCACAACUUGUUGAGAAAACGAUCACUGUCGAUACUCAAGCACUGAAAGUUUCAACCGAGAAUGUGGCACUCUUCAACACUUUCCUAAGCAGCUAUGAAGCCCUAAUGUCUGGGGAAUUGAAGAAGGAGAUGUUUACUGCCGAAGACAUGUAUCAGGUUGAUCCAGAUGAUAUGGAAGAAAUGGAUCUGAAAUGGCAAAUGGCCAUGAUCACUCUGAGAUUGAAGAAGUUUCAAGACAAGACAGGCAAGCGAUUAGGUCUUGGAAAAGCUGGUUUUGACAAGUCUAAGCUGAGGUGCUACAACUGUAAGAAUCUUGGACACUUCAAGCGUGACUGUCCGAUGUUGAAAGAGGGAAACAGUGAAGCUACUCAUGCUGCUAAACAGAUCACUGCCGAAGAGAACAAAAGCAACGCUUCUCCCAGCACGCCAAAGGCUUUGGUUGUUGAAGACUAUGACUGGAGCGAAGAGAUCACUGAAGCUAAGGAACAAGUCAACAAAGCACUGAUGGCCAAAAUCUCUAGUGAAUCAUCUGCAAAGCACUUUGAGAAGCAGACAACGGGAAUCCCAACUGGAAACAAUGAUGCUGACCAGGGAUUGAAAGGUAUUCUGCCUUCAGUGGAGUCUGGUGAUAAAGCUGAAAAAGAUGCUGAGAAAGGAAAGGAUAAAGUUCAAGCUACAGCCAUGAAAGCAGAUGCAUCAAAAGAGAAGGCUGACAAAGACUUGAUUCCAUUGAGUGUAAAGAAGAUGUGUGCGAUGAUGAUGGAGACUGCGGAGGGUCAAAAAUAGGAAUUGGUUAUUCAGGCGACAGUUAUUCCACCGUUAACUGGUUCGUCUGGAAUUGUUCUAAAAACAAUGUUAAGGAUGAAUGUAAUAGUUUAAGUAGGAUGGAUGACUGUAAUGGCCAAGUGCCUAAAACUAAAUCUGUGGAUGACUGUAAGGGCCAUGUGCCUACAUUUGAGACCCGUGAUCAUGAACCUUAUGUGUCUGAAUGUCAUGGUUUGAAUUAUGCGUGUCGUGAUGAUAAUGUUGCUUGUGAAUCUCCUGUAUU